CUGUUUACAGUGGGUUCAAGUGCAUUGUCGCCUGUCACUCAUUCACUUGCUCACCCACUCACUCAGUCUUCUGGUCGAAACUCAUCAGUCACUCAUCAGUAUGAAAAUACUUUUUUUCAUUUUGACAGCAUUCUUUGCCUUGGCGAGGAGUCAACAGAACCCAACUGUGACCAUGUAUCCUGAGUUCAAACAGGUGUUUUCUGGGGAUACAUUAGUGCUGACCUGCUCAGGGUCAGGCCAGCUGAAAUGGCUCUUCAAUAACAACCCCAAUAAAGACCAAACGCGUGAAACCUGGACCAUUAAUGUCAUCUCCAAAAAUGAUUCUGGCUCAUAUCAGUGUGAGAGGAAUGGCGAAAAAAGUGCUCCUAAAGAUGUCACAGUUUUGGAUGAUCUACCUGUUGCCUCUCUCUCCAUAAAGUCUGGUAGGGCAGUGAUUAAUAGGGGGGACUCGGUGGUUUUGGAGCUCCACGUCGACACAGGGCUGCUGAACUGGCACUGUCGAGUAUACAAGGGGGGGAGGGUGAAGAAGAUUGGUUUUAAUAAAACUCUGAUGACUUCUGAUAAAAAGGAUGUGCAGUUUCAUCCAAAAACCCUAGAGGACAAUGAAUCCCCAGCCAUCUUCUGGUGUCAACAUAAGACAGAAAUGAAAAGGAGCAACCCUAUUACUAUCAAGACCACAGAACGGAUGGUAAUGUUGGAGACCCCUCCUGAGCCUGCAAUUCUGGGGAAACAGCUGACUAUAUGGUGCCGUGUAUGGGGAGAACCCGACAUAAGUAACAGUUUUUUCCUUAAAAAUAACAAGGAAAGACUAGAUGCAAUCAACUCUUCUCUCACCAUUCAAAAUGUAAAAAUUGAGGAUCAGGGAAAUUAUUCAUGCACAGCAACCUAUAAAUUCAAGAAAAAUACCAGCAACAUCCCAAAUACUGUCACCUCUGACCCUCAGGAACUCCUUGUCAGCUCUGCACAACCUCCGGAGGCAGUCUUCAUAGAAAGUGGAACCAAUUUGAAGUGUUCCUGUCCAAAAUGCUCUAAGCCACACAGCUACCGGUGGUACAAACAGAAGCAAGGGCAAAUGGAAAUUGUAGACCAGGAAGUCAUCGAUUUCUCUCCCAGUGAAGUGGGGUCUUACUGGUGUAAAGCAGUAUGGAUUGAUAGAGUCUCAGCACCAAGUGCGCAAUUUAGUGUGAAGUUGGUUCCCUCAGGUCAUGCCCCUGUGAUGCUGAUCGUGAUAUUAUUUGUCUGCGUCAUUCUUAUGGUUUCAUGUUGUGUAAUUGCAGUAUUUUAUAUGAAGAAAAGACGGUCAAGUGCUGCCUUCCGGGAGGACGGAGGGUAUGAGGAAGUCGGACAGAGGAAAGCAACAGACAACAUCAUGAUGCAAGAGAAAAAGAAAGAGGGUGAAUAUGAGGCCCUGAAACAAUCUGAGAAAGAGGGGGAGUACCACACUUUAGGGGCCGAGGGGGGGAAAGGAACAGAAGCUGGUUAUGAGGCUCUGAAGAGAUCCAAAAUGGACGAGAAAGAGGGGGAGUACCAGACUUUAGGGGCCGAGGGGGGGAAAGGAGCAGAGGGUGGUUAUGAGGCUCUGAAGAGAGCCAAAAUGGAUGAGAAAGAGGGGGAGUACCAGACUUUAGGGGCCGAGGGGGGGAAAGGAGCAGAGGGUGGUUAUGAGGCUCUGAAGAGAGCCAAAAUGGACGAGAAAGAGGGGGAGUACCAGACUUUAGGGGCCGAGGGGGGGAAAGGUGGAGAAGAGAUCUUAAAGAAAAAUAAUGAUUAAGACAUAAGAAGCUGGAUACGGAGAUGUAGGAGAAGGAGGAAGAAUAAACAGACAAGUGAGGAGAAAAGGAAGUAAACCUAAAAUAUUUUUAAAAAAAACUAGCAGUCAAAAUGAGAACUCACAUAGUCAAAAUGAUAAAAUGUGUUGCUAAAAAAAAUGUUUCUUAGUUGGCCUGUCAAAAAGUAAUUCCCUCUUUCAAUACAGUAAAUGUAUAAUUUACCAUUUUUGCACAGUCCAUAAUUCCAGUGUAUAUCUUCAGGUACUGCUUUAGGAGUUUCAAAAUACUUUAGUUGUAGUGUAGUGUCUGCUCCAGCCCUUGGCAUUUGGAAUUUUAUGUGCAGGCCCAAAAACUGAAUUUUAGCUUCCUGCAACUCAAACAGAGUGCAUAUGAGUCCAACUGGGACCAAAUGUACUCAGUAAGAUUUAACAUUUAACAUAGAUUUAACAUUGAAUAUUUUACUGUAUAUAUAAACAAGAUAGAACUGUUAGUACAACAAGAAUAUUAGUAGCCCUGUCAUCAUUUGCUCCUUGGAUUAGAGGCUGCAUUCUAAGGCUCAUAUGUCAUUUAAAAUUUUCAUAAAAAGGCAUUUGUAAAAGUUAGGAACCAUGAUUUCUUGAUUGCACUCAAGAAAUAUAGAUGAUGUUGAUGGUGUAGAAACAGGAACAUUUGAUUUAAUGUUAUCGCAGAACAGCAGUCAAAAACCAUUAUUAUUAUUAUUAUUAUUAUUAUUAUUAUUCAACUGGCACCCUGGUUCAGGGUGACUUUAAACCUUUUAUUAUUUACUGUAUUGUAAAGUCAAUUUAUUAUGCAAAAUUGAAAUAAAGUAUUAUGAUAACAGUAUGAAACAAUUAACCCAAUACAAAACUAUGCAUUAUACUGAAACAGUGCAGAAAUAUGGAUUAAAGGAAGACAAAAUAAACGCUUGUUGUCUUUGGGGGGCAUUAUAAACAGUUAUGAUUCAGCACAUUCAAGCAUUGAGAAGCUAAAAAAUAAAUAAAUCUGCAAAUUUAACAGGAAUGAAAUGCAACAGGUUUUUCACCACUAGGGGGCUAUCUCAGAGGGCCAAAUUCUAUACACUAUACAUGGGCUACACGUAAAAAUACAGUUCAAAUCUGAUUUCAUUGAUAUCCCUAAUAUUACAGGGAAAAACAUGUUAACAAUUUGAUAUCUUCAGCACAGCUGAAGGCAAGUACAAUAACCAGGGUAUUAUGACAGAAAUAACAGGAGAGAGUCUAGUCAUGUGAACUGAGUGAGCAACAGCAGGGAAUGGGGAACACAGAACCAAUUUGGCUGGUGUAUUUUAAUUUUAAUACACGUGAAUGGAUGUGGAAUAUGAGAGAACAUUAUAUAUAUGUAUUUUUAAAUUUUUUUGCAUAACAUGACAUAAGAACCACAUUUUCUAACAUGAUAUAUUCUGUAUGUUUGUUUGGUUUUUUUUUUUGUUUUGUUUUGUUUUGUUUUUUUUUUUUUGCUUUUUUGUUUUUGGUAACUUACUAACCAAUAUCCAUAGUUUUGAUUCAAAUGUGUGUUCCAUUUGCAGUCCACUUCAAUAUAUCAGCGGCAGCUUUGAAACCAUAUAUAUUUAUUUCCUUCUUUCGUGUUUAAUUUUUUUUACUGUGAUAAAAAGAAAAUAAUAUUUUAAAACAUUUUGUGCCAAGAACUGCUUCGCCAUGAAUGCUGAUAUUUGGUCUAAAAAGCCAUUAAUUGUAUAACGGUUUAUACAGAAUCUAAAUAGCAGAUAUUCAGGCCCCAGUAUCAGUAACUAAGUUAUAUGACAGCAAAUACGCAAGUUUUCGUCCACUGUAAUGUCAUACUUGAGAGUCAGCGUUAUUAUACAAUUCAGUGGAAUUUAUGGAGUGAAUCCAUUACAGGGCAUUGUGAGUUCAUUGUGAGAUUCUAGUAUCAAUGAUGAGUGUUUCAAGCCGAUAUAACAGUUAGCAAGGUGUCAUUAUACAAGCAGUAUACAAGGAAGCAAAAGCAAGCAAACUAGAAACCUUUUUCAUUACAGGGACUGUAAAACAUAUUGUAUAACGGUAUAACAUUUAUUUUUAGUCCCUUUCUAUGACCAAAAAUGUUUAUGCUAAUAGUUUAACCAUA